AUGACCUAUGUCAACCCAACCUUCGUCUAUGCCCGUGGUAGUAUCUAUUUGUUUGGACUUGGGGAAGGAAAGACAGUGUGCGCCAGAUACUCCUUCGGAGACAAGAAGAGCUACUACUACGAAAUUCAUGACAUCGCUGGAGACUCAUAUGUUUCCGCUUGCUUCGAUGGCAGCCGCAACAUCUACCUUCUUGGAGGAUCCAUUGACCAUAAGCUAUUUAACCGAGUGGAUUGCUUCGAUAUAACCACCAAGAAGACGAGACUGGUUACAAACCUGGUCAACAUCAGGAACUAUCCACCUCCACACACAUACUAUCACAACAACUUGGUCUACAUUGUUGGUGCAAAAACAAACUUUACAAUGGCUCGGUCACUGGUAUCAUUCGAUGUCGUUAAUCAUGUGACCACCGUGGAGCACAUUCUACCAGAGAUCACCGGAAGGAUAAUGAGUUGUUUCGAUGGCCAAGACCGGAUCUUCUUCAAGGAAAAAGAGACAAUCAUCACCUAUUCAUUGGCCAACAAGGAUGCGGGGAAAUAUGCAUCAAAGUGUCCCGUCGAUGGACAUCUUGUGUACGAUCCUGCCACAGAUGGUAUCCUUAUCCUUGGUGGCAUGUCCAAGAACUUCAGACAUUCAAUCAAAGACGACAUUUGGACACAGAUCGUUGACAAUGACAAAACAGUUGACCGACUAAAGAAUAGUGGAUGUUUGGUUCGUGGCUAG